CCAAAACGGUCUUCAACUUUAUCAAAUUUCCGAUUUUCGCCCCUCCUUCUUCUCCCUCCAAAAUCGCACCACCUAGGGUUACCAGACAUCCCUUUCCUCGCGUCCGAGACGCAGCACAUUCCUGUCCGAUUCCGGCGCCGGUCCGAGGACGAUGGGGAAGAAGAAGCCCAAGGAACCGGAGAACCCUCUCCAGAAAGACGCCGUCUUGGCUCCGCCGGACGUGUUCAAAUCCAUUUUCGGAGAAAUCCCGGAGCAAAACUUCGCCGGCUCCAUCUUCUCCGCUGACAACCCCUUCAAGAGGAAGCACCAGGAAUUGGGACAGCCUUUCGGCGCUUCCGUCGACGGUGACGAAGACGGGGAGUCCGCGAGGGUCGAGAAGAAGAAGAAGAAGAAGAGGAAGGUGGAGGAAGAGCCGGAGCUAGAACAAGAACCCGAGAAGAGCUUGUCCGAGGACAAGAAGCCGAAAGAAUCGGAGAAGGAAUCCAGGAAGUCCAAGAAAGGUGCUUCCGAGGUGGGCUCUGGUUCGGACGUUGAUUCUGAAACGGAGAUAUCGAAGAAGGUGAAAUUGGGCAGUCAAGCUGGUGGCUUGGCGGAUGAGAACGGGGAAGGCGAGGAAUCGGAUGUGAAGGAGAAGGAGAAGAGGAAAAAGAGGAAGAGAGAUGAGCUCGAGAGGGUCUACGAAUCUAAGAAGUAUGGGGAAGCAGAAGAGGGAGAAGCGAACGGUCCAGUUGGAGAGAAGGUCGUGGGGAAGAAGAGGAAGAAAGCCGAUGACCCGGCGGAUGCGUUGGCUUCGAAAGAUGGAUACGAUGAUGAGAGCAAGCUGUUGAGAACUGUGUUUGUUGGGAACUUGCCUCUGAAAAUAAAAAAGAAGGCUUUGGUGAAGGAAUUUAGCAAGUUUGGAGAGGUAGAAUCGGUGAGGAUCCGGUCCGUGCCGAUCCUGGAUACCAAAAUACCGAGGAAGGGAGCUAUAUUGAAGAAGAAGAUCAAUGACGCCAUUGACUGUGUUAAUGCUUACGUCGUUUUCAAGACAGAAGAGUCAGCUCUUGCUUCUUUGGCCCAUAACAUGACAGAGGUUGGAGGAAACCACAUCCGAGUGGACAGAGCCUGUCCUCCUCGCAAGAAAUUGAAGGGAGAGACUUCUCCAAUUUAUGACAACAAGAGGACAGUUUUUGUGGGUAAUCUCCCAUUUGAUGUAAAGGAUGAAGAACUCUAUCGGUUAUUUUCUAACAUCAACAAUAUGGGGUCCGGCAUUGAAGCUGUUCGGGUUAUCAGAGAUCCUCAUACAAGUGUGGGAAAGGGUAUUGCUUAUGUCUUGUUUAAGACGAGGGAUGCUGCAAAUCUGGUUGCCAAGAAGCGAAAUAUGAAGCUUCGAGAUCGGGAAUUAAGACUCUCCCAUGCCAAGCCAAAUUUGACCCCGUCUAAGAGAACUGACCAUUCAUCCGCAGUUGAUGCGAAUCACCCUGCGAAGAAGCUUGCUGGGGAUUCAAGGACCCCAAAUGGAGUUAACAGAGCAAGUACGAAAUUUUCAACCUCUUACCAGGGAUUACAGGCAAGCAAAGGUACCUCCGUGAAGAAAUUCGCUAAAGGAAUACGAACACUGAAGCCCAAGAAGGAGAUCACGAAGAAGGAACCGGUCGCAGAAGGAAGGUGGAAGAAAAGACCAGCAGUGGCCGAGAGGAAGGCGAGGCAAGUGGCAAAGAAUGAAAUUGGUGCUUCUGAGCAUACUGCAAAGAAACGGAAGAUGGAUAGCAGGACUCCCGAGAUCUCGCACCAGAAGAACAAGAAGUUCAAGAAAUCGCACUGAAUUCCUCCAAAAUAAUUAGUUUACUGGCUCCCCCCCCAAAAAGAAAAAAAAAGAAAAAAAAAACGUAAAGGUUGUACCUUUCUCGGUUUGUAUAACAGUUUGUAUUCUUUCUUUCUUUGGCAAAAUUAUAUUUACAGUGGGUAGCACGGUCGUUUGGCUGGACUCAUCUUUCAGUUUAUGUCGUUGAACAAAGAUCAUCAGCAUUCUCUUCA